AUGGAUAUUGACCCAGAUGUGCAAAUGGAAGAUGCGGUGGCAAACAAUGCUUCGCUUCAGCUACAAGAGUCGCAGUUUGCGGACGACUACGAAGGAGAGAUGAGUGAGCUGCCACCGUCCAGCCCCACCCCAACCGCGAGUACCGGUGAGGUUGAUGGGUGGAUUGAGACGCUAAAAAAGUGUCAGCCGUUAACUGAGCGCGAGGUGCGCCAGCUGUGCAACAUGGCCAAAGAUAUUCUGCAAUUCGAACAGAACGUGCAACCAGUGUCGGCCCCGGUGACCAUCUGUGGUGAUGUGCACGGCCAGUUUCAUGAUCUCAUGGAGCUGUUUCGCAUUGGUGGGCCAUGUCCCGACACCAACUACCUGUUCAUGGGAGACUAUGUGGACCGCGGAUACUACUCGGUUGAGAGUGUAUCGUUCCUAGUGGCCAUGAAAGUGCGAUAUCCUAGGCGGAUUACAAUUCUACGAGGCAACCACGAGUCCCGCCAAAUCACCCAGGUCUACGGCUUCUACGAUGAGUGUUUACGCAAAUACGGUAGCCCCAACGUGUGGAAACUGUUCACAGACCUGUUUGAUUACUUCCCGAUCACCGCGCUGGUUGACAAUAAGGUAUUCUGCUUGCACGGCGGCUUGUCACCCACCAUAGAGACUAUUGACAACAUCCGCAGCCUCAACCGCUUCCAAGAGGUUCCGCACGAUGGCCCCAUGUCUGAUUUAUUGUGGAGUGAUCCAGACGAGCGUCAGAACUGGGGCAUUUCGCCCCGGGGUGCCGGAUAUACGUUUGGUCAGGACAUUAGCGAGCAGUUCAAUCACAACAACAACCUCUCCCUUAUUUCUCGCGCCCACCAGCUGGUCAUGGAGGGCUAUGCGUGGUCUCAUGAGCAACAGGUCGUUACCAUCUUCUCCGCCCCUAAUUAUUGCUACCGCUGCGGUAAUCAAGCCGCCAUUAUGGAGGUCGACGAGGAACUUUAUAAUACGUUUUUGCAGUACGACCCAUGUCCACGGGCAAGCGAACCGUCAGUGUCUAGGAAAACGCCCGAUUACUUCCUCUAA